GUGUGGUGUAUUGAUCAAAGUUAUUAUAAAAAGCAUUGACGAUAUUAAUUAAAGGAAAUAAGCAGAUUUCUCAAACCUCCCGCUCUUUCGGAUGGACAUCGAGAUGCGGCAAGGUGUAUUUAUAAUAGGGCCUCAUAUUUUUGAAAAUGUAAACACUCGAACCGCCGCCAACGGCUAACACUGACGACCGCGGUUCGUAGUUUUCUGUGUACAAGCCAACCACUCCGCAGGUUCGAUCUACCAUAUUGUGCUCGGUUAUCUGAUCACCGCCUUUGUAAACUCGUAUCUAAUUUUUCGGAAACAAGAGAGGAAACAUAUAAAUAGAAACGUCCAGGUACGGAUUUCUGAAUUUGUUCGAUGUCUUUUAACUGCUUUAUUGUGUGAUCUGAAAAACACUUCGGAUUCAUGUCAAGUGAAGUAGUAGUCGACUGUGAAUUUGAAAUAUAGUUUAAUAGACUGUAAAGACCGUGGCGUACUUUCGUUGAAUUAGUACCCAGUGGACCCAGGUCAACGCAAAUGAGUCUGGCAUCUCCAUCUCCGGUGACAUCAAGCAUAUCAAGCGCAUUCGUUUUCAGAUGUUGAAGAUUUAUUUCUAUCGAGACCUCGUGAAGAAGCGCGCCUUGAAUAUUUCAACGAAUAAUUUAAUAUAUCAAUAAUGUCAAACGCGUCGGCAAGGGCAAAUAUAAAUUCUGAACAUACCCUGACACCGUUCGGAUAUCAAAAAAAUAAUUUGAAGCCGGUAGCACGUAAGUUAUGGCAGCGUGGGGAUACAAAUAUCGGCAAGGAGAAUGGAAACCUACAGAAAGAACAAUGGGAUGAACUGGAGUCUCCACAAUUCGUCGAUUUUUCCAAAUUGCCUGAGAUCGAUGACUCGUUUUUCAGCAAAUCGAGGGUAAUCGUGAGUACUCCGAACGUAACUGUGCAAGAUACGUUUAACGAUAACGCACUGAUCGAAUCUUUAAAAUCUUUCUCUUUGUCUGGAAUAGAUUUUGCUUCGCCUAAGUUAGAACAGUGCGACGUUGACAGCAGAAACGAGAACACUGAGAAUGAAUCCGAGAUGAACAACACCGUCAUCAAAAUGGAUAAGAAAAAACCAGAAAAAUGCAAGCAAGUGAAACAACAACUAAACAUUCCUACAAAUCCGUUCAGAAGACCAUUGAGAUACAUACAAGAAAUUAAACCAGAACAUAUUAAGAAGAAUGUAGAGGAAGCAAAAAAACCGUGGGUGUUUCGAGCGAAUCCUGUUCCUAAGUACCUAAAAUUACGAGCAACGGUGACCAAUGAAAAUAAUAAAAACACUAACAACAAUGUUGGGAAAGCGAACUGUAAUACCGUUGCUAAAGACCAGAAGUUAUCAAGUUGUCACAAAAAUAAAACGAAUGAGGAGGUUUGGAACAAACCUCCGAUUCUGCCUUGCCCAGUAAGGAAGAAUUUAAUGAGACCGAAAACUCCACCCCUUCAAACGGCGAUACGAGCAGAAGAAAGGAAACGAUUCAAUAAUAUUUUAAAGAUGAAGGAAUUGGAAAUGCAACAACGUAGGCAAAUGGAGCUUGCUGCUAACAAGAUUCAAGAGGAGAGAGAAAUCGCGCUCUUAAGAAAACAAACUGUCCAUAAAGCACAACCUGUUCCAAAAUAUAAAUUAAAUUUGCCAAAAGUACCAAAACGACCGUUGACUGAUGCUAUAAGCCCGUUGACAUUGAAACGACGUCGUAUAGCAGGUCAAUAAUUGAAUUCAUACUAAUAGUUACGUUUAAUAUAGUUAACGCGAUUUUUAUAUCUUUGACGGAGCAUGGGUUUUAUAUCAUGAUGUGCUAAAUAAAAAUUUUCUUUUUGAAAUAUAUUAAUGUGUAGACACAUGUUAACAUGUUUUUGUACAUAGGCAUGUACAUAAUUAUUUGUGAUUCUACAGAAAUUUCCGUUUAAUAAAUGCAACUUCGAGAAUUAAAGGAAAACAAGGGGGAAAAGAAAGGGAUCGUUUCGUCCUGGUCUCGCUAAAGGACUAUCUUAGUUACAGUUACAUAUAUGUAAAUAAAGGCAAUGAAUGAAAAUGGGAAAAGUAUUAAUUUAUAAUUGCAUAAGGGUUUUAUACGCUAUAUCUUACGUAUUUAUUAUUUAUACUUCGAUGGCUUAGCUAAGUGCAUACAUGUUGUAUGUUUACUUUUUGUGAAAUUCUAUACUAUGUGUAGAAGGUUUAGUAUUUUAUAAUAUAAGAAUACAUUAUUAAUAAAAUUAAGAAGUUUAAUAAUAAUAAUUAUUAUUUCACAAUGUUUUAAUAUCAAGAACACAUAAGGAAAUGACAGAUAACAGAUAAUAAAUAUCAUAUGACUAGGAUUA